AUGAAUAGUAGUAGCAUAAGGAAUGACAAUUAUCAAUCAAUUUUUAAGAAAAUAUAUAAUAAAAGAUUGAGAUUUGUAUUGAAUAUUAAUUUAAUUAUAUCCUUAAUACUACCAUAUAUUUAUCAAUUUCCGUUUAAUUCAUCAAAUACAACAAGUUUUGAAAUUUUAUCCAACUUUUUAAUUAAAACUCCAUUAAUUUUCAUAUCAUUAUUUUUAAUUAAACAAGUUAGGAAGAAAUAUUCAAAUAUAAAUUAUUCACCUUAUAAAACAUUAUCAUCACAAAUUUAUCAUAUUUUAACAAGUAAAUCAUUUUUUUCAAAUUGGUUAUUUUAUUUAAUUUCACUGAUUUUAAUUUAUUCAUUUUAUAUUUUCAACUUCAAUUUUAAAUUUCAAUAUUAUUUAUUAUCUAAAGAAUAUAGAUCAAAAUCAUUAAUAAAUGAUCAAUUUAUAUAUUAUUGGUUCAAUUGUUUAUUUUUAAGUUUAUUUUAUAAUUUCAUGCAAUUAAUAUUUCAAAGAAGUCGUUUCAAUUUUAAAUAUGGAGAUAAUAGAAUAUCACCACAAACUACGCUAUUUAAAUCGACAAAUUUGGUUAAAAUUGUGUCACAAUCAAUUGGAAUCAAUAUUUUAGUUACUGUUUUAUCUCCAAUUGUAUACUAUUUCAUUAAACCGUAUUUUUACAAGUUUAAUUUUAUCCUUAUUUGGUUGCUUAAUUUAGAUACAACAAUUCCUAAAAAUAACACUACAAUAAGUACAUAUUUCAAAUUAAGUUAUCUAUCAUAUUUAAUUAUAUUAAGUUGGGAAUUUGAAAAUCAUAUAUUUAAUGUUUAUUCAAUUAUUGGUUGUAUAGAUGGUAAAAAAUCAAUUUGUUCAUUUGCAAGUGAUCCAAUAGCAUGUUUAAUAAAUGGAUUAAAAAAUGAAAAUGAAUUAGUUAAAUUAACUGCAUUUCAAGAAUUGGCUUAUUUAUCAACAUCUUCAGAUUUACGAGCUUCAAAAUUAAGAAAUUUAUUAUUUUCUCAAAGACUGAAGAAAUAUAAUUAUUGGAAUCAAAUAUAUAACCUAUGUGUUGAUGAAAUUUCAUCAGUUAAUCAGAGAAUAAAUUAUAGAUCAGAUUCGGAUUUAAAAGCAUUAAAGAGUCUAAAUAUAUUUAAAGAUGAAUUAAGUAAUAAACCUAUAGAUUUAUUUGGAAAUUCAAUUGAUUCGCAAAGAAAAGUUAAAUCAGAACCAAUUAAAGAUUAUAUCCAACCUGAAAAAGCAAAAUCGUCAAAGUGGAUUUCCUACAUACAUCCAAUUCAAUUAAAUAUAGUCACAAAUAUUAAUAAAUCAUUAACUAUCAAGGACUUUAAGUCCCAAUUAAUCAAACUCAAGUAUAGCUUUUUAUCAUCAAAUUUUGGAAUAUUAUUUAGAAUCACCCCCAAGAAAGAUGCAGAAUCACGAGUUUUAAAUUCCGUCAAUUUUGGAAAUUCAAUUAUUUCAAUCUCAAACAUAGUUAAAAAAUCAAUAGAAUUGGAUAAAUUAAACAUUACAACUCCUUAUGACUUAUCUAAUACUUUAAAUUUGUUAGAGAAGGUCAUUCGUACAACUACUAAUUAUGUUGAUUAUCCUCCAAAAUCAAUAUAUAUUGAAAAUAAAUUUCAAAUUAAACAUAAUUUAAUUGCUAUUUUACAUGAUUUAUCAAUGCAUGAAUUUUAUGAAAUUUGUAUAAUUUAUAAUUUUAAAUUAAAUGAUAUAAUUUUGAAUCCUAGGACUUAUAAAUUGGCUAAAUGGGUGAUUGAUAUUGCGAUUGCUGAUCAAAAACAAAAGGAAAGGUAA